UGACGUUGUUCCACCUCUAUAUUGUACAUACUUAUAUAUAUUAAUAUAAAAAAAUACAUAGGGAAAGCUAAUAAAAAGGACACCAACAUGAUUGUUUCACGUUUGGCAAACCCAUUCAACGCUGCCAUUCAUCAACUGGCUCGUCAAAGUGUCCGUAAAGAAGUCAAUAUUACUCGCCAAAUGUCAGGAGUUCACUUCCGUAGUGGAGCCUUGAAGCCAAAACCAGGGGAGAUGCCCUUUGGUUUGUUCGCCAUCAUCUGUGCUGUGAUUCCUGGACUCUUUGUAGGUGCCACCAUUAGUAAGAAUGUUGCGAACUUUUUGGAAGAGAACGAUCUGUUUGUGCCCUCCGAUGAUGAUGAUGAUGAGGACUAAAUAUGCUCCGGAGACAAUAAACAAAGCCUGCUCUAGUCACAAAAUGGAUGGGCCGGACAGCAUAGAGUUCUCCUUUCAGCUAAGCCAUAAAAGCCAAAACUUUAUUCAUCUAAUUCAAUAUACUUUGCAUUGUUAAACUAUCUAACUUUAAGGGACAAUACGCACUUAAAUGUCAACACAAAUUGUUCAUUUAAAUUCUACAAUUAUUUAUUAAAUUAUUUCCCCUUGGAAUAAUAUUUGCUAAGUUUUUGUAAUGACAAACGUUAUAGAAUUAAAUCGUGAUUAUCAAAAUAAAACACAUGUACGGCAUCUUAUAUAAUGGUCUGGGAAAGCUAAGCAAUACAUGCAUAAUAUAAAAAUAGCAACUUGCGAAUAUGUACGCCAUGCUCAUAAAUUCUGCGGGAUGGAUGAUGUUUUUGGACUUAGUUACAACCCAUUAAUUGGUACCAUAAUAUCUUACCCAUUUUCUUCAUUACUGAAAGUGAAAUAAAACAUUUUCUGGCUUGGUGUUUUUGCCGAAGUGGAAUUUUAUUUAAUUAAAUUUUCAGGGUGUACAAAGUAUUUUUUGACUGUUAUUUUUUGACUGCUUGCUGUGCGCCUACUUCAAAAAAUCAUUCAAUUAUUUUCUUUUCUUAGAUUGGCUCAAAAGCGGCGUUUAUAUAUUUGUCACGAUUUUGAAUAAUACAAAUUAUUGUUUGUUCUUAUAUCGCUUUAAAUAUAUAUCUGCUAUAUAUAUAUAUAUAUAAAAUGUUUAUGUGUGUGUGUAUGUUUUGUAUUUAUGUUGUCUUUGAUUUGAAUAAAAAGGUGUUUAAUUCGCUUGAUCUUCUUGAUCUCUUCAGCAAUAUACUCAAAAAAUCUUUAAUAUUCCAAAUCGGGUUUCGGUUAUUUGUGUGUUGUUUGUUGGUUUUUGUUAUAUAUAUUUGAAAUAUCUUCUUGCGGCUGUAUAAAUGUUUUUUUUUGUAUUUUGCAAUUUUUUCAAAUAUUUUUUUCUUGCUUUUUCUUGUUGUUUAAUAAAAAAAUAUGAAUUUUAUUUUCACUGCUGCAUGCAACAUGCGCACGGCUUAUUCUUUUUAUCCCUUUGUUUUAUCUGUUUAAUAAUCGUA